UUUUCGGCUCCGUUUCCUGUUUCAUCACUUCCACUGCCGUUGCUGCGACACGGGACGCCAACAGCAAUGGCGGACAAGGAGAAGCGCCGGUCCGGAGUGACUCCCGCGGGGAUGCCCGUGGGCAAAGCCACCAAAUCGGACAGCGACAGGGAGUUUCUGUCGCAGGCGGGCGUCGGAGAGCUGCUCCGCGGUGCCAUCCUGAAGAUGGUCGAAGCCAGAUCGGACGAUCCCAUCGGGUUCCUGGCCGACCACUUCUGCAACCUCGCCUCCGUGACGGACACCGGCACCGCUGGAUGCGGCGACGAGGAGCCGCUGAACUCCGGAUCUCUGAGCGGAGGAGCGCAGGAGCAGCAGCAGCAUCUGAACCGGGCGCUGUGGCACCUGCGGCUGGCGCAUCACUCCCAGAGAUCUGCCUUCAGCAACAACGUCUGUGUGGCCUACGACCUCCUGAACCUCACUGGGCCUCGAAGACCUGCUGGCGAAGCUCCUGAAGGCCCUGAAGGCGCCGACAGCCCCACCGGAGAAGGAGGAGGAUGCGGAGGAGGAGUGAGAGGAGGCCUGUACACUCAGACUCUGCAGUGUUUGUGCAGUGAAGGCGGAGUCCCUGCCUCCACCUCCGCCCCGCUCCUCCGUCGCCUCCACUGCCAGGACCACGAGGCCGUCCCGUACGAUGUUUUCCGUUACGGCGUGGUCACCUGUGCCGUUUUCUCAGACUACAUCCGGCAGGCUCAGAGGCUGUAUGCUGAGGUGUGCUGCCCAGACGAAGGGCCUGCCUCGCGGGCGCUGUGCCUGGCCGUGCUGGGGACCCUAAAGGAAGCCCUGGAGACUUCCCAGGGCCCUGAUGCAAACUGCUGUGUUAACGCCAAUGCUAAAGCUAGUUCCUGUUUGGAGAAUAAUGCGAAGGCGAUCCGCUACCUGGAGGCCAGUGCCAAGAUCUCCCCCUACAAGGUGGCUCAGGCCAUGGCUGGAGGACAGACACGAGGGCCUGGCGGCGACAUGGACGCAAAGGAGUUUGAAAACGCAGCCGCAGAGCUGUUCAUCACUCGAGUGAAAGUUGUGUCCUAGGUUUUGUUAUGAUUGACGAAUGUUUAGCAAUUCACAGUAAAAGAUGAAACUCUCUUCACCUUCUGUAACCUCUAACAUGCUGCUGCCCAAAUAGCAAAUUUAAAAUAGACAUGACUUCUUCUCAAGACUGUCACUAAACCCAAUAUUUCCUGUGUAAAAUAUGUUUGUUGACUGUUUGACUUUUUAAUAUGGCCCUAAUGAGAAAUCGUACUGAAUCGUCUGCUGUGACUAUAUGUGUGCUGUGUGAAAGAAAAGAAAAUCCUUUCUUUGACUACAUUCUGCCCUCAAAAUCCAUAUUUACCCUGAUAGUUUUCUUUUUGUUCAACCUGACAUGAAAUUCUUGGAUUAGAAAGCAACACUCUCUCCUCUAGAUCCCGUGAAGCCGUCAUUGCUGUAAUAAACGCACUUUUUUUAAAAAAAA